ACAAAAAAGGUCAAGGAGAAGAGCAACGGUCUGGCUGCAGAGAGCGACGGCUCUGAGCAUACGGUGAAGCUUUCCUCCGCUCUAAGCAACGAUGUGACGUCCCCCGCAGCCCAGAGUGUAUCUGGCGAUGUGGCCGCUGGAGAACAGGACAGCGACGCGGAGGAGCUGACAGAAGAAGCAAAAGAAGGCGCCUUCUCCAAUUUUCCUCUCUCCGAAAACACCAUCAACCUUCUCAAAGCUCGAGGUGUAAAAUACCUGUUCCCUGUGCAAGUGGAGACUUUUCAGCCCAUAUAUGAUGGCAAAGACCUGAUUGCUCAAGCUCGAACAGGAACCGGCAAAACACUUUCUUUUGCUCUUCCGCUGACUGAAAAACUUCAGAGUGUCUCGCAAGAUGGGAGAAGAGGCCGUUCACCAAAAGUGCUAGUUCUUGUUCCAACCAGGGAACUGGCCACUCAGGUAGCCAAAGACUUCAAGAAUCUCACCAGGAAAUUGUCAGUGGCUUGUUUUUAUGGAGGAACUCCGUAUAAAGCACAGCUUGAUCUUCUUAAAAGUGGCAUUGAUAUUCUAGUGGGAACUCCUGGACGGAUCAAAGACCACAUUCAGAAUAGCAAGCUGGAACUUUCCAGCGUGAAGCAUGUUGUUUUGGAUGAAGUUGAUCACAUGUUAGACAUGGGCUUUGCUGAACAAGUGGAAGAAAUCUUAGGAUUUGCUUAUAAAAAAGGUUCUGAGAACAAUCCCCAGACACUGCUGUUUUCUGCAACUUGUCCGCGAUGGGUAUAUGAUGUAGCCAAAAAAUACAUGAAAGAUGGAUAUGAACAGAUUGACCUGAUUGGAAAGAAAACUCAAAGGACUGCCACAACUGUGGAACACUUGGCUAUACAGUGUCGCUCAUCUCAGAGAGCAGGAGUUCUUGGGGAUAUCAUUCAAGUCUACAGUGGCAGCCAUGGGCGGACCAUUGUCUUUUGUGAGACCAAAAAGGAAGCAAAUGAACUGGCUAUGAAUGCUUCGCUCAAACAGGAUGCCCAGUCAUUGCAUGGUGACAUUCCACAGAAACAGAGAGAAGUUACAUUAAAAGGCUUCAGAAAUGGUGUGUUUGAAGUUCUGAUUGCAACAAAUGUAGCUGCCCGUGGUUUGGAUAUUCCUGAGGUUGACCUUGUUAUACAGUGUUCACCACCAAAAGAUGUUGAUUCCUACAUCCAUCGUUCUGGACGUACGGGUCGAGCUGGGCGGACUGGGAUCUGUGUUUGUUUAUUUCAGAGAAGAGAAGAAGAUCUUCUGAAACAAGUUGAGCACAAAGCGGGGAUUACAUUUAAGCGUAUAGGUGUUCCCUCUGCUACAGAUGUAAUUAAAGCUUCAAGUAAUGAUGCCAAAAAGUUGUUGGAGGCCAUUCCUCCUUCUGCAGUAGACUACUUCAGAAAAUCUGCUCAAGAGCUCAUAGACGAAAAAGGGGCGGUUGCUGCCCUGGCUGCAGCUCUAGCUCAUAUUUCUGGGGCAUCUCACAUACAGCAGCGCUCCUUACUCAACUCAACUGCGGGCUUUGUGACCAUGGUGUUAAAGUGUUCAAUAGAAAUGCGUACCAUGAGCUACGCCUGGCGAGGACUAAAAGAACAGCUUGGCGAGGAAGUAGAUGCCAAAGUAUCUGCAAUGCGUUUCCUCAAGGGGAAGACGGGGGUGUGCUUUGAUAUCCCUGUUGGCGAACUGAGUAACAUACAGGAACAGUGGAGGGACACCAGGCGCUGGCAACUGUUGGUGGCAAAGGAAUUGCCUGAGCUGGAAGAGUACCCCCAGGAGGCAGGGCGAGGGUUCUCCAGGUUCGGAAAUGGGAGGCAAG